UCCCCAGAGUGGGCAGACGGGUUGGGGGACACAGGAUGGCAGAGCUAGUAGGAGUAACUAACGGGACAUGCGGACGGAGUGAUUUCUUCUAAUAUUUCAAGUUCUGUCUGAGGCCUCGCCAUGCCGCUGGUGAAGAGAAACAUCGAUCCGCGUCACCUCUGCCGGGGGGCGCUGCCGGACGGCAUCGGCAGCGAGUUGGAGUGUGUGAUGAACAACACCUUGUCGGCCAUCAUCCGUCAGCUCAGCAGCCUGAGUAAACAUGCAGAGGACAUAUUUGGCGAACUGUUCAACGAGGCCAACAAUUUCUACCUGCGUGCCAACUCUCUGCAGGACCGCAUCGACCGGCUCGCCGUCAAAGUCACACAGCUGGACUCCACAGUGGAGGAAGUUUCUCUGCAAGAUAUCAACAUGAGGAAGGCCUUUAAGAGCUCCACCACUCAAGACCAGCAGGUGGUGUCCAAGAGCAGCGUUCCCAACCCGGUAAAAGAGAUGUACAACCUGAGCGACAAGCCGCCACCGCUCACCAUCCUCACGCCUUACAGAGAUGAUCACAAGGAAGCCCUUAAAUUUUACACAGACCCCUCCUACUUUUUUGACUUGUGGAAGGAAAAGAUGCUGCAGGACACGGAGGACAAAAGGAAAGAGAAGAGGAAGCAGAAGGAGCAGAGGCGCUGUGUGGAUGGGACUCUGCAGAGGGAGGUCAAGAAGGUCCGCAAAGCGAGGAACCGUCGGCAGGAGUGGAACAUGAUGGCUCUGGAUAAGGAGCUGAGGCCAGACCACCGGCACACAAUUCACAGAGACAGAGCCGCCUCCUCCGAAGGAUCCAUGUCACCAGAAAACAGGGGUCACAGUGUGGAUCAGCAUCACUACCCCAACAGCAUGAACCACGCCGGCCACGCCCACACCUACUCUGGCCCCCCGCCCAGCAUCCUGGCCGCCCAGAUGGCUGCAGGACACGCCCCCCGGGGAGGAGGCGAACACGACAGUAGAGGCAGGACCAUGAUAGCCUACCAUGGCGGGACGCUGGGCCGCCCGCACCACCACCAAGCCCCUCUGCCUCCUCCACCAGCUGAGGCCAUGAAUGGUGGCUCUAUGUCUCUGCCACCAAUGGACUACAGUAUGGACGGCUAUGCCAACACCGGCCCUCCCCCGCCGCCCCCAGCACCCCUCAUACCUUCUGCACAGACGGCCUUCGCCUCGCCACCCGGCGGCCCCAUGGCCGUCUCCGCCGGCUACGCUCCGCCUCCGCCACCUGUAUCUGGAGCUCAAGUGGCUCCGCCUCCUCCCGGCCCCCCGGGGCCACCGCCUCCACCCGUCCCAGCUGGUGCCUCCCACUCCACGUCCUACAAGAUGUCUUCGGCGACGCAAGCUGAGAACGCGGCGGUCAACGACGCUCGCAGUGACCUGCUGGCUGCUAUACGGAUGGGCAUCCAGCUGAAGAAGGUGCAGGAGCAACAGGAGCAGCAGGCUAAGAGAGAGCCUGUUGGAAACGACGUGGCCACCAUCCUGUCGCGCCGCAUCGCCGUCGAAUACUCCGACUCGGAGGACGACUCGGAGUUGGAGGAGAACGAUUGGGACGCAGAUGAUGCGGUGCCGGCGGACAGAGACGCAGCUCAGCGAGGAGAGGAAGAGGAGGAGAGAGGAUCAUGGAAGAAAGACCGGGGAGGGAAGAGCGCAGCGGCGGCUCGGCCACUGACGGGGCCGUGGACUGCGGUGGUGCGGGGACGGAGUGGCGAGUGGAGCAGCAGCGGCUGCGAAGGAAGAGGAGGGGGAGGAGGAGGAGAAGAAGGAGGAGGAGGGGGAACAGGAGGUGAGUGAGAAGAGAGGAAGGUGGAGAUGAGGAUGAUGAUGAUGCUGCUGAAGGAGGAGUCCCAGAAGGGCCACACUGGUUGAACUCCGGUAAUUUGCCUCGCGCUUCAUCAAGGACAAAUUUAUUGCCGAGUAAACAAGAGUUUUUCCCUUAAAUGUUGAGUAUGUAAUUUAAUAGGGGUUAUCGUGGAAGAUGUUUAACUUGUUUUUGGCCAGACUCAAGUUUCAGACGGGAGGUUGCUGGAUGCAGAGAGUCGCUUUUCCUCCCGCGACGCCCUGCUAUUCUGGUCCUGUCUGAGCUAUUAACAGCAAGCCCCGAUGUGUGUCACCUACCUCCUCUUCCUCCUCCUCUUCCUCCCUGUCCUCCAUCUUCUGCUGCGAAGUCACCUCAGCAGACAGGUGGGUU